AUGGACCCAACCUACAGCAAAGAAUCCAAAGCCGAUUACGACCUCGAGAAGCUCGCCAAGGAGUUCGAAAACCGUAACCCGGAGGAACUUCUCGCUGCCCGCGGAGCUCCGGCUGCUGUCGAGAAGACGUUCCCACCGACUUCGAAGCUUCCAGAAGCCGCUGAUCUAUCAUCGCUUCAAGAAUGCGUCAAGGAGAAGAAUUCACAGCAAAUCAACAUGGAGAAAGUUAAGAAAAACGCCGUCGAAGCCAAGGACGCAGUAGCCGGAGCGUUCAGCCACGCUGGCGAAAAGAUUGGCGACGCCUACGACAGCACCAAGAAAACCGCUUCUGAUGCGGCUCAUGCAGCUAGUGACAAAGCUGGAAACGCAUGGGACACAACGAAGGACAAGGUUGCUGACGCCAAGGACAACGUCGAGGUAGAGAAGCUUCCAGAAGGAAACAAAGCCGGCGACAUCUACAACUCUUGCAAAAACAAGGUUGGAAAUGCAUGGGAUGCUACCAAGCACAAGGCUCAUGAUGCCAAGGAGGCAGCUAGCGACGACGCUUCUGACAAAGCCAAUUCGCUUAAAGAGAAGACCGGAGACAAGGUGUCUGGAGCUUGGGAGGUUGCCAAGGACAAGGCUCAAGACAAGGCUGACGACUACAAAGAACGUUGUAGUGAGGCUAAGGACAGAGCUCUCGGCCAACCUCACGGUCCUCUCGAGACUGUCAAGGACAAGAUCGGAAGUGCUUGGGAGGCCACCAAGGAAAAGGCUCAGGAUGUUGUCGAUUCCUUCAAGGGACACGCUACUGACUCCAAGGACAGUGCUCAAAACAAGGCUGCCGAUGCUUACAACUCGGGUAAGGACGCUGCUAGAGACGCUUGGGAUGCAACCAAGAACAAGGCCGAGGAGCUUAAGGACAACGCUCAAGACAAAGCAGACGACUACAAGGAGCGCUGCAGUGAGGCCAAGGACAGAGCUCUCGGUCAACCUCACGGACCAUUCGAGACUGUCAAGGACAAGAUCAUCGAAGUCAAAGACAGAGCCACUGGCCAGCCUCACGGACCUCUCGAAACCGCCAAGGACAAGAUCGAAAGUGCUUGGGAAGCAACCAAGGAAAAGGCUCAUGAAGUCGUCGAUUCCUUCAAGGGACACUAG